AUGCACCCGAACGGUUCUGCCCCCGGCGACCCCCCCGGCCCGCAGCCCAGCGCCUUUACCAACGCCUCCAACCGCUCCGACCCGCUGCUCCCCAAAGGGCCCGACGAGGAGGACCUGGACGUCAACACGGACAUCUACUCCAAAGUCAUGGUGACCGUCAUCUACCUGGCUCUCUUCUUGGUGGGCACCGUGGGCAACUCCAUCACGGCGUACACGCUGGUGCGCAAGAAGUCGCUGCAGAACCUGCAGAGCACCGUGCACUACCACCUGGCCAGCCUCGCCUUCUCCGACCUCCUCAUCUUCCUCCUCUGCAUGCCCAUCGAGCUCUACAACUUCAUCUGGGUCCACCACCCCUGGGCUUUCGGGGGGGCCGUCUGCAAGGGCUACUAUUUCCUGCGGGACGCCUGCACCUACGCCACGGCGCUCAACAUCGCCAGCCUCAGCGUGGAGCGCUACAUGGCCAUCUGCCACCCCUUCAAAGCCAAGAGCAUCAUGUCCCGCAGCCGCACCAAGAAGUUCAUCAGCUGCAUCUGGAUUGCCUCCUUCCUCCUUGCCAUCCCCAUGAUCUUCACCAUGGGGGAGAUCUACUUCAAGAAGCAAGAUCCGGACUCCCUCGUCUGCACCACCAUCGUGGACGCCUCCACGCUGAAGACGGUCAUCCAGGUCAACACUUUCAUCUCCUUCGUGUUCCCCAUGGUCGUCAUUUCCGUGCUCAACACCAUCAUCGCCAACCAGCUCCUGGUCAUGUUCAAGCAGGCAGCCCAGGAAAACCAGGUGUGCACCAUCGGCGGGCAGCAGACGAUGCUCAGCAUGUCCAUGGAGCCUGGCCGUGUGCAAGCCCUGAAGCACGGCGUCAGGGUCCUGCGUGCUGUGGUGAUUGCCUUUGUGGUGUGCUGGCUCCCCUACCACAUACGGCGCCUCAUGUUUUGCUACAUCCCCUCCAGCCACUGGACAGAUUUCCUUUACAACUUCUACCACUACUUCUACAUGCUGACCAACGUCCUCUUCUACGUCAGCUCGGCCAUCAACCCCAUCCUGUACAACCUGGUGUCUGCAAACUUCCGACAGAUCUUCCUCUCUACGCUCACGCUCCUGUGCCUGCCGUGGAGGAAGAAGAAAAAACGACUGGCCUUCACCAGGAAAUCCAACAGCAUCUCCAGCAACCACACGUUUUCCAGCCAGGUCACAAGGGAAACAACAUACUGA